CAUCCUCGUCAGUCACGCUAGGUCAGGCUCGUCGCUAGCCAGUUCGAGCGCCCGCCAUGUCCAAGCGCUCCAAUACGACGGCAAAGGACAUUCGCUCGCGCAUCAAGCACUCGAAUGUUCACCUGGGCACCGGUGUCGAGCUCGAGCGCGUAACCCAUUCUCAGAUCCAACAGCAGAGAGCAGCUGCUGGCAUUGGCAAUGUCCCUGGCGCUCCUGGUCAGCAGCAGCCUACAUCAGCAUCAGCUUCAUACCACAACCAGCCAUCCUACAGCGCAAGCUAUGAUGCUCAGCCUGCGACGGCCCCCUUUGCCCAGGAGCAACAUCACCUAGGAGCUGGACCCUCCUUCGUCUCCCUCACUCCUUCAGAUUCCAUCUCAAAUCAUGAGGGCAGGACAGCACAUCAGAUGUCGGCCAUACCGCCCGUACCCAGCGGGCAUCACCAACAUCAGCCGUCCACCUCCAGCCUUCGUAAUCAUCAAGCGAAACAGCCUUCGCAAAGUCUCUUCCCUCGUCCUCCCUCACCGACGGCAGACUCGACAGCCAGCUUCGCGAGGCAGAUGAACGACGGCUCAAACGAAUCAUCGAGUCAUGAUGCCCAGACCCCGAACCGCCCAAAACGCAGCAUGAGACGGCCAGUAGGCAUGACAGGUGGCGGAGGCAUGCCCUCCAUCGUUGUACCCCCGACACAGCCUGGUCUACCAGUCGCCUCAGGCAGUAGAUCAGGAGAUCGUCACGCCCGCUCUGCCCGCCUCAUGGCUUCGGUUAAUGAUUCAAACGGACGAGACACUCCCCUCUCCAUGCAGUCAGAAGAAGCAGACGAUGCCGAAGAUGCCUAUGGCGGUCUUUCCCCCACCGACUCGCCCUCUAAGCGCAAUAGAGGGCCUUUUCUCGAUACGCCCUCGACCGCCCAGCCUACACCUACGCUGGGCUCUCUCACCCAAUCUCAAUCGCCCGCAGCAUUGGGCUCUGUGCUGUCGGCCUUGUCCGAGGCAGGUCGUAAGAAUCAAGGACGCCGCAUCAUGCGCGGCAUGACAGCAGAAGAGGAAUCGCGGCGACGACGAGUUGAGAAGCGCAUGGAUGAAGCUCGCGGUGUCGAGUAUCGAGAUGUGCGUCACUACGAGCAGCGUGGGGAUCAAGGGCAGGGAGGAAUCGGCCGAAUAGGCGCAGUUCAUCGCAAAGUCAAGGCAGAGUGGGGCUUCGUGACAGAGGACGACUUCAAUCCCGUCGCUUUGGCCCUCUCCCUCCUCGACGAGAGCUCGCUAGGCUCGAAUCGAGAUCAAUUUGAAGCCACCAAGCAGCUCAUCGAGGAGAGCCUGCAGGGCACAGUAGAGGACCACUACGAGUCGUUUGCGACCGCUAUUACGCUGCACAACUCGGUCCUCUCCUCCCUCACAGACGUGCAGGCGUCCGUCUCCUCCUCACGACGUCGGCUGCGUGACUCCCGCGAGGCAUUGGGCUCCAAACGGGCGGAUCUGGUACAGCUCUGGCAUAGGCAGCAGAGCGUCAAGGAGGCGCUUCGGCUGCUCCAGACGGUCGAGCAGCUCAAGAAUGUGCCAGAUCGUCUCGAGACCCUUCUCAGUGAGAAACACUUCUUGGCCGCGGUCAGUCUGUUGGUCAAGGCAUUGAAAGCGAUCGAGUCAGCAGAGAUGCAGGAGAUUGGGGCUACUGCUGAUCUCAGGGCGUAUCUGAGGAGUCAGGAGGGUCAUCUGUUGGAGAUCCUUGUCGAGGAGAUUCACAACCAUCUCUACUUGAAGAGCUCGUACUGCGAUCGUAGGUGGCAGGGCUACGUGACGGGCGCGGAGAGGAUGCCGGACGUCAAGUGGGGCAAGGAAUAUUCCGCGACUGCCAGCAAUGGCGCGAAAGAUGCCGACGAGGAGGACGACGACGACGAUGAUGGAGGAGCGACCGCCGCCAAGCUUGGCGGGCUAUCACGCACCAAGUCACGCCUCGGAGGAGGACGCAGCACCACGAAUCUGCCGGACUCUCCCUCUCUUAAGACAACAGCGGACGAUGCCAUGCCUGCCAAGCUCUCCAAGUACCUCAGCUCCCUCUCCGGCAAGCGCAUAAUCGAGCACUCCGCUGUACUCGGAAACGAUUUAGGCGAUUUAGAGGGGGAGCGCAGCGCUGAAGACGGGGGCGAGCACACCGACGGAGGAGAAGGUGGUGACGAUGAUGACGAUUUGGCGCAGUCGAAGUUUGGUCGCGGUGACCCCGAGGCAGACUCGUUCCUCUACGUGGAGAUGCUACUCGAGGCUCUCGCUCGUCUCGGCAAGCUAGGCGUGGCGAUGGAUGUCAUUCACCAGCGACUGCCUGUCGAGGUCCACUCACUUGUGGAGACGACAAUCCAGGAGGUCGACUCGCGCACCGAACCGCUGCGCCGCUCCACGCUUGCAAACGCUCUGCGGCCUGAAUCGGUGCUCCUAGCUUCUUCUUCGGCACUCGCAAAGACCUUUGGUGCAGAGCGAGCCUCCUUCGGCCGGCAGAGCAAUGGUGCUCUUGGCAGUGGUGGAGCAAGCUCAUCGCGCAACUCACGACCCAUCUCCAUGCUGCUGCGCGUCUCUGCCUCGGAGACCUCGCAAGUAGAGUCAGACGGGGAAGUCAUGAGAGAUCUCUUCUGGACGCUCUACUCAAAGCUCGACGCUGUCCUGCAGGGACAUCGCGUCGUACACGAGGUGGCCAGCCUGAUCAGUCAGAGGGCAGGAUACAAGGAGAAGGACGCCACCACCUCGACAGGCACAGGUGCGGCUUCAUCGAGCGCAGCAACCAGUCGCGGCCGUCUCGUCGGUGGGGAGCGACUCCUGGACGUCUGGCGGCCUAUACAGACAGAGGUGCGCGCCCUCCUCCACGAGUAUCUGAUGGAUGACACCCAGUCCCCUAGCUCCAGGCGGAACAACAUUGCGUCGGUCAACGAGGUGCUCAAGAGUGGGAGCUGGAAUCGCGACAGGGGAAAGAAGCUAUUCAAGCUGUCGUCCUACGGUAGUAGCAGCGGUGCAGCCGGUGGCGCUCAGGUGGUCGGCUCCUCCUCGAGCACGAUGACCACAAUGGCUACGUCCUACCGUGGCGGCGCCUCCGCUGGAGCAACAAAGCGUGACCUUCUUGCCCCAGUCAAACGGCACGAGGAACGGCUCAAUGCGGCACUGCGGGCGUCUGUGCCUGGCCUGGUCAGCAGCUCGGGCGAAGCACAAUCGGGCAUUCUAGGCCUCUCAGCCUUCUCCUCGUUGGGCGGCGCUCCUUCCCUGUCCCUCACCUCGGGCGGUAGAGACGAUGCGCGGGACUCAAGCUCGACCACAUUGGGUCAUCACCGCAUCCUCGUCAAACCCGACGCAUUCAACAUCUCUGUCCUUUUCCAGCCGACACUCGCAUUUGUGGACCGUGUUAGGCUCGUCAUGCCACGCGACGCCGCUGGCGACCCAAGCAGCGCUGCGACAGGGGCAAGACCGGCACUGGGUCGAACCAACACCUCAUUCAUCCCACUGAGCGCCAGCGGCCCCAGCAAAGACGAGGGCGGCUUCUCCUCCUUCCUCGAUGAGUUCGUGCAGGACGUCUUCCUCCCGCAACUCGAGGAAAAGGUACGCUCCCUCUUCACCUCCGCCGUUGGAGGGCACGACGCUUUCCAGGAGGACCCAGCGACUCGAGGCUUGGGGGCUCGCGCGAUCGUGAAGAGUGCGGCCAAUGUGGUCGUACUGGUGGAUAGUCUCUAUUCGAUGUUGAGGACCACACCUUUUCAUCGGGAAAGUUACUCGCGCCUCAUCAUUCAGACGAUCGUGCGCUAUUAUGGGAGGUGUCACGAGAGAUUCAGAGAGUUGGUCGGGUGUGAGCCAGUGGAUGGACCGGGUGGAGGGACGAUGCCUGCUGUGGCAGCAGGUGGGGAGUUGAUGCUCUCCGCUACCUGGGCGCAACAUCCUCGUUUGGCUCAGAUCCUCGCUGAGCUGCGAGAGGGCGCCAAUGGGAACAGCGCCACCGACUCUACCGACCAAGAGGAAGACGGCGUCUCUGUUCUGGACCUGCACCAGCGUCUCGCCCUCCUUCAAGACGAAGAGAAUCGCCUCGAGGUUCAGCUGGCAGCGCGACGUACUACUGGCCAAGGCGAGUCUACCGUCCAGCUGCGCGACCUCAUAACCAGCAGAAAGAAGCUCGUUGCUCUCUCCUCCCUUCAGUAUAGUCUCAAGUGGCUCCUCACGCACAUCAAUCGAUUCAAGGCAACGGACGAGAGCCUGCCAGUGUCGGCGAGACCGAAGGCUAGGCUGUCACUCACCCAGAACACUCUCACUGCCACGACGGACGGCUCGCCAGGCUCAUCACCGCUGUCUGGUGGAGCGACGACUGCGCAAGCUGAGGCGACGGAGCUCAAGUUGCCGCUGAGCAGGGAGAUGGCUUCGCGCUUCUUGACCCUUCCGACGACCUAUGCCGUCCUCUCGGAUACGGUCCUCUUCACUCUACGCCUCGAGCUUCGGGCGCGCGUCAUACACCACCUGGAUCUCGCGAUCACCGAGGGCAACUACUGCGUAGCAGACGACCCAGUCGCUGCAGCAGGGGGCUCAUCAUCCUCAACACCGUCAGUCUCCAUCGCCGCGUCAGCCGAGCCCGACCCGCACGUAGUAGACUUGAAUGCCGACCUCUCUAACCUGGACGAUACGCUCUCCGACUUCCUCACUGCGGAGGACCAUCGCUUCCUCUUUGCGGGAAUGGCGUCACUCAUGGAUGAUAUGCUCAUAAGCGCCGUCAAGCGCGUGAAAGCCAUUAAUCGACCUGGAGUCACAAAGAUGAUUCGCAACGUCUUGGCAUUGCAGCAGAAUCUCAAGAACAUCGUUGUCAAUGACAGCGGAGCGUUCGCUGGUUCUGCAAGUGGCGGAAGAGGUGGAGCUCCAGGCACGCCGAUGAUCUCGACUACCUCGCCAUCCCAGACAGGUGCGUCGCCUUCGACGUCCCUCUACUUUGAGUCCCGCCGAUUCUGGGAGCUUCUCUCUUCGCCCUCCCCUGACGAGAUGCUCCGUACCGUCUCGGCUGAGAUGGAAAGACGGAAGCGCCAGGCGAAGACGUCGGGCUCGCCUGUCCAGCCGCUGCGGUACGGGUUCGAAGAGCUCAAGUGCGCGCUGCAGCUGAUGCUGGGCCUCGAGAACGUGACUGGGCCGACGAGUGGCAACUUGAACGGUGGCGGAGGAGGAGGAGGAGACCUGCCGCCGAGUACACCGACGGGAAUGGAGCCGCCUGCGGCUUCCUAUCUCUCGUACGGGAGCUCUGCCCCUCCGACGCCCACCUCUGCGAGACGCGGUGGUGCUGGGUUGGCGAGGGCGGGCACCCUGCACGACGCCUCUUCGUCAACUUCUUCGACCUCGUCGGCGGGUGGAAAGCAGGGAGCUUCGGCUUCAAUGGUUGCGUCACGGCAAAAGUUGAACGAGUACUUGAUCGACUUGCAUCAGGUGCUGGAUGAACAGUAACGCGAGUGGCCGUAUACGAUGGACAGUGCAGUUUUGUGUAACACGAUAAUGAGAGACCAUGAGCCGACGAGCUUGAUGAUGCAGAGGUAUGCGUGGAGUGAGACGUGGGCACCGCGAUAUUGCUUUGACCGCGGACGGCGAGAUGUCGCAUCGUUGUCUGGUGCUUCAGACCCUCCGUCGCUAGCAAGCUCG